AUGGAUAAAGAUAAAGUUAAACGUCCAAGUGCAGAUAAAAUAUAUGAAACACUAAGAAAUUGGAUAGAAAACAUAAAAAUUUUUGAAGAUUCUGAAAAAAUUAAAAUUGAAUCUUUAACAAUGCGGCAAGCAG